UGUGAAUUUAACAUAGACCCAUUGAUCAAUUCUUUGUUUCUUUAUUAAAUUCUCUUCAUAUCAUUCGUUCGUCCAGUUCUUCUUCUGGGUCAUCAUGAUCUUUGUCGGAUGUAUUCAUAUUCUAUUUCAUUUCCUAAAAUUUUCAGAAAAUUAAAGACUGCUUGUAGAUUUUAUGCGUGGUUGCAUUCAUACAUAUGUGUGUUUGUUGGGGGGCAUAACAUAAUUGACCGAGGAAGAAUCUGAACCAUUGAUCCUUUUUGAGUAUGUCAAAGAGAGUUAAAGAAAAUAGUGGAUUAGUUGUGGAGGAAGGUAAAGAGAAAGCAAGGCGGGAUUCUUCAGCAUGCAGUACACUUAGUUAUGCUCAACAUAGGCGUUCCCGGAGUGCUUCUGAGAAAAGCUUGAAUCUUCCAAGAGUCGGAGGUUACUAUUGCAAGAGGAAGGACCUAAAUGAAUCAGCUAACUCGGUACCUUCUACCAGUAGUUGUCGAGCAACCCCACUUCACAAGAAUUCCUGCAGCAAGAAAGAUGACAUUUCAAAUCACAGAGUUUCCUUGGAACAAGAUAUUGAGCAAUUACAUUUGCGAUUGCAGCAGGAGAAGUCUAUGCGUGCGGUACUUGAGAAGGCAAUUGGCAGAGCUUCUAGUACACUAUCUCCUGGACAUCGCCAUUUUGCUGCACAGACAAAAGAAUUAAUAGCUGAAAUUGAGUUGCUAGAAGAAGAGGUUGCAACAAGGGAGCAACAUGUUCUCUCUCUCUACAGAAGCAUAUUCGAAAACUGUGUGAGCCAGCCCACUUCUGAGCAUAGCUCUGUUGUGACUUCUCCUGCACAUGCAAAGACUGAAUCAAGGAAACACCCAAGUAUCAUUUCAAGUGCCUUUUGUUCCUCAAUAAAGUUCCGUCUAAGGAAACUUGACUCUCUGGUUACUGUGAAUGAUUCUGCGAAAAGAAGUUUCUUGCAGACCAAGACAAGACAUGCUUCACUACUUAAUGCCAAAGAUGACAUGCAUUUUCAGAAAAGUUGCGUGGACCAUGUCAAGGAACCAGUUAUCUGUAAAUCUUCUGCACCUCGAACUCUAAAAGAUCAUCUCCACCAAUGCCCAAGUAAGUUGGCGGAGGAAAUGGUUAGGUGUAUGGCUGCUGUUUACUGCUGGCUCCAAAGUACAUCAUCAGUCAAAGAAGAACAAAACAUAUGUUCAUCCACAAAGUCACCAAGUAGUGCUUUACUUCCGCGAUGGGAUGUUGAGAAGAAAGAUGGGUCAACCAAAUCAACAGUUGAAAUAUCUUGGAUAUCAACAGAUAAGAGUAACUUCUCUCGCGCAUCUUAUGUCAUCAGUAACUACAGAGUUCUUGUAGAACAGUUGGAAAAAGUUAAUGUCCGAAGGAUGGAUACGGAUGCCCAGAUAGCAUUUUGGAUCAACUUGUACAACUCCUUGGUUAUGCAUGCGUAUCUGGCUUUUGGAAUACCUCACAACUCGCUCAGAAGGUUAGCAUUGUUUCACAAGGCUGCUUAUAAUGUUGGUGGGCAUAUCGUAAGUGCCAGUACGAUUGAGCAGUCAAUAUUCUGCUAUCAUACACCUCGAGUAGGACAGUGGUUGGAGACAGUCUUGUCAACAGCAAUGAGGAAAAGAUCCAGAGAAGAACGAAAAGUUAUCAAUUCAAAAUAUGGCCUUCAAAGUUUCCAACCGCUCAUCUGUUUUGCACUAUGUACAGGAGCUUAUUCGGAUCCAUUGCUAAAUGUCUAUACAGCCGCGAAUGUCAAAGAGGAGUUAGAAGCAGCAAAAAGGGAGUUUCUUCAAGCGAAUGUAGUCAUCGAGAAGUCAAAAAAGAUAUUUUUACCAAAACUCAUUGAAAAGUAUGCAAAGGAAGCUGGUGUUCCCUUUGACGAUAUCAUCUAUUGGGUUAGUGAAAAUGUCGACAAGAAGCUUCACGAAUCAAUACAGAAAUUCCACGAUGGCCGUCCCAAUAAGAGAACAUCUCAGAACAUCAAGUGGUUACCUUACAGUUCAAAGUUCCGAUAUGUGUUCUCUAAAGAGUUAACCGAGAAACCAUGGUGGGUGUAAAUGUCUCAAGACGUCCAUUCUUCUAUUAGCAUCAUUGUCUUAUCCUUUGUAUAUUAGUUUUCUGAGCUGAACAAAGUUGCCCGUAUAUACUUCAGCACGAUUAAGCUACGGUUUAACCUUUUUUAGGAAAAUUAUCUUUGUGACUGAGAUUAUAGCUUGUAUAUUGUUAUCUUCAUUUGAUCGUGAACAAGAUUAUCAACAUGCCUUCUGCUCUAGUUAUGAGAGCUCAAA